UGGCGAUAUGCUGGAGUUAUGAAGCAAGUUCAGUGGGAGACACAUCCUUUUUGUUCAAUUCUAUCAUCCUACUUCUUUGCUCGGUUCAGCGGCCUGAGGAAGAAGAGGAGAGGUGACUGUCAGGGCUGGCCAAAUGGCAGCCAAAGAGAAGCAAAUCCUCUGUAUUGGGUUAGUCUGCUUGGAUAUUAUUAACGUGGUUGAUAAGUUUCCGGUUGAAGAUACUGAUACACGAUGUAUAUCUCAGAGGUGGCAACGUGGGGGUAACGCCUCCAAUUCAUGCACAGUUCUCUCAAUACUUGGGGCUCCCUGUGGAUUCAUGGGCUCCCUUGCACCUGGACGAGUUUCUGAUUUUAUUUGUGAUGACCUCAGACGAUAUGGGAUUGAUGUGACUGUGAUUGUUCAUGCAGAAUCAUCCCUCCCAGCCUCCAUUGUCAUCAGCAACAUAAACAAUGGCUUACGUACCAUCCUUCACACAAACAGUUUCAUUACAGAUGAUUUUCAAAGCAGAGGUAUUAAUGUAUCCAACAUUGUGUGGCAGCACGUGGGAGUUACACCUUGUGCUUGCUGUCUUGUGAACAUUAACAAUGGCUCACGAACAGUCAUACUGUCCGACAUGAAUCUACCAGACGUUACUGCCAAAGAUUUUGGGAAAAUUGAUCUUACACGUUACAAGUGGAUUCACUGGGAGGGCAGAAAUGCAUCCGAGCAGAUUGCCAUGAUGGAGCAGGUCGAACAAUACAACGCCAAUGUACCAGUUGAGCAACGGAUUACCACUUCUGUGGAAAUUGAGAAAACAAGGGAAGAACUGUACCAGCUCUUCAGACAUGGAGACGUGGUCUUUGUCAGCAAAGACAUUGCCAGACACUUUGGAUAUAAUUCAGCAUCAGAAGCAGUAAAAGGACUUUACAGUCGGGUGAAACCUGGUGCAUACCUCAUCUGUGCAUGGGCUGAGGAAGGAGCUGAUGCAAUGGGUCCUGAUGGUGUCUUUCAUUCAAAUGCAUUUCCUCCUAAAAGACUUGUGGAUACUCUUGGAGCUGGAGAUACUUUCAAUGCAGCUGUAAUAUUUGCAUUCUGUAAUGGCAAGUCUAUUCAGGAAGCAUUGACAUUUGGUUGCCAAAUUGCUGGGAAGAAGUGUGGAAUUCAAGGAUAUGAUGGAAUUGUAUGAGGAAACCCAAAAUGCAUUGGAGGAAUAAAUAGCUACAGUUAAUUAAAAUGAGAAAAUUCUGCAGAUGAACUUUGAUUUUUGAUCCUCCAGCCACCUGAUCUGCAAUUAUAUAUUUGUGAUUUUCUUUGAUUCUAAAACAAAUUUUAGAAUACUUAAACCUGCUAGAUCUGCUGUAGAUCUACAAACGUUUGUAGUUCAAUGUGUACCAUCCAAUUGUAUGAUGCUGCAUAACUGCAAUUGAAUCUCAGUAUUCAGUCACGAUCAAUUAAUCUACCACAGAAUCAGAUAUAAAGUGAGAAUAGCAACAAUAAGUAAAGCUUUAAAACCACACAUUUAACUUGAUUUAUUCUUAAAGCUGCAAUAUGGUUACCCCAGUUAACUUUGUUCUGGUGGUUGGGGAGAGUAAGAGUGAGGGCUGAUGAAUACUGGAUAACUUGAUGUAACUGAAUUUAAAGUUUAAUCAAACAGAACAUUUAAUUAUGUGUGUAACAUAAUGUAUUUUUUAUUUAUCUUUGAAGCAUCUGGAAUUUCACCUUUUUCAUUCCCGUGGACUGAAGUGUAGAAGUUUAUUUAGAUUAUACUGGAGUUAUGUAAAUAUGGCAGAUAUUAAUUGAAAUAUCUCACUCAAAUUUCAGUGCCAGUUGUAAAUGUAAGUAAGUUCAGGAAGCUUGCAAUUAGCUUUCAGAUUUUAUUGUAAAUUGCAGACAGUAAAUUGAAGUGAAAAGCACAGAGUGCUCCAUUGAGUUUGCAUAUGCAAGAGCCAAGCAUUAAGACAAUGGGUUUGUGUUGAUUGGCUUGUAUCAAACCAGGCAAAAUGGCUAAAUCAUCUGCGCCAUUGUGACUUCAGUGUAAGCUAGCAGACAAGACGGAUGUUGUCACUUAGAAUAUCAAACAUGGUCACAGAUAUCGAUCUCCAAAAGUGACAUCAAUUACAAUGUGCUUCCACUGUGUAUCCCAAAGGAACCAUUUGUCAACCCAGAACAUUGAAGUAAACAAUGUCAUUUCAACUACUGAAAUUGUAUUGAAUUGCCUACUGUUACCUUUGAUCUUAAGGGUAUAAAAAUGUGAUGUACCUUUGAAUGUCACAACUAUGGACUCUGCUGUGGAGUCUAUGCCCCUGUGCAGGCAGGCUGUGGAAUAUGUUCGGCAUUCGUGCUCAUGACUAUGCACAUUCCAGCUGAGUAGUGUUCCAUUAUGGUGGUAUUUAACUCCCUUCUAUUCGUUCUAGUCUGGUCGAGACUUGACCAAAAGCACUGCAUCAUUUAUACUCCCUACCUACUCUUCCUUGUCUGGGAAAGAAGACUACGAUUUUGACUGAUGUUAUCAUGAAGUGAUAUUCAUUUAGUAUUUAGUUAUUGCUUCCAGCCACUGUGUUGGCAUUAACUUUCAGUUUGGGAAUUUUUUUUUAUUUAACAGCCCUGUUGGCCUAGCAUUUAUUAUUUCUCUUUUCCUUUAAAUUCUGCAACUGUUCUUGUUAAAGUCAGUCCACUGUUGACGCGUUUCAGUCUAUCUCUCAGCACUUGAGCCAUAUCGGAUUGUUUUGACAUUGGUUUGCAAGCCUCUACCGAGAGUGUCUCCAGAAUGAUGCCUGCUAGUUGUGCUGAAUAAAGACUUCUAUAUCGCCAGCUUUAGUGUCUCUCUGGUGACUUUGAUCACAGUCACAACAUAUGGGGGGCUCAUCCGGGAUAUGACCCAGUGUGGCCAGAGACUUCAGCAGUUUAAGGGAGUGAGUAGUUUUUUUUUAAGAGUAACUCCCAAACUUAGAUUUGUGCAGGAGCACGGAGUACCAAAGGACAUGGCAGAGAGAUGACCUGAUAGUAUAAAAGAGUGUGAAUGUGUGUUUCUAUGUUUUGUGUAAGGGAUGAGCUACUAGACAACACUGUAUAGUUUGUUGAUUCAAAGCUACCAGUUACAAAAAGUGGUUACUGACUGUUUGGAAUGCCAAAGAGUGUGUGAUACUCAUUCGGUGGGCAUCAGAUUAAGUGUAGCAUGGCUGCUGAGAACCUUUGGGUAGUGUGGAAGAUAUUAUUUGGGAUGCCAGAGGGUGUGUGUAUACCUUCCAUCUAUUCUACUGUACCUAGCCUGUUAUUCAAAAAUAUUCCCUUUAGAAUCAAAAUCAGGUUUAUUGUCACUGAUAUAUGUUGUUUUGUGGCAGCAGUGCAAUGGAAAACAUUAAAAUUAAUAUAA